AUGGUGCCUUCCCAGCCGAGGGCAGCGGCGGCAGGUGGCAGGUGGGCAGCCUCGGGCUCCAGAAGGCCGGUGUCCGCGGCGGCGGCGCGGGCUGCCCACCCGGCGGCCUCUCCCUCCAGAGCGGCCCUGGCGCGGGCGGAGACCGCUCUCCUCUGCUCUCCGCGGUGUCCUCCCUCCGCCGGGCCGCGGCCGCGGCUCCCGGAGGCCGGGCUCGGCGGCGGGGACCGAGGCGGGCGGGCGGGCCGGCCGGCGGCGACGGCGCGGGGAUGGCGGCCCGGGGGCGGCCUGCGUCGCGGGGUGGAGGACGGUCCGGCGGGCGGCCCUGCCCUUCUGGCCCCGCGUCUGCGAGCCACUCCCUCGCCUCCGCCGACGACCCGCACCUCCCGCGCCCCGGCCCGAAGUGAGAAAGUCAAUGAAAAGUUUCACCUUAGCAACCCGCGCACGGAUCCGCCCCGCCCUGCGCGCUGCGGCCCGGGGCGGGGCGGCCGGGACUACUUCCGGCGGCGGCGGCGGCGGCCGGACCGGCGGGCGGACUGCGGCCCCGAGCACCGGCGCCCCCACCCGGCCCUCAGGCCCCGCACCAUCGAGUCUCCCCGCCAUGGCUGUGUCCCCGGUGGACACGGACCUGGAAGGCAGAGUCCUGGGCGGGACCGGGGCCGGGCUGCCAUUGGGGUGCUGGGAGGGACUCUGCGGGGCGCACGGCUGUGUCUGCGGCCCCACACUGGCCCCCGGCCGCCUCGGCGCGUCCUUCCAGCUCCGGGCGACCGGCCGCCCCGCGGCCCUGGCCCCGGCUCGGAGCGGCGGCGGGACGGGAGAGGGCGUUUCGGGCCUUUACCACCGGGUGAGCCCGCCUCCCCGAGCCCCGUGCGGCCUCAGAGGACGCCGUGCCGCCCACCGGGGCGAGGCCCGGGCGGGCCGCUGAGCGGGAGGCGGAGGCGAGGGGAGCCGGGCGGCGGGAAAGGAGCCGCCUGUCUCCGGCGCCCGGUACCUCGCGGCGAGCCCGGCCCCUCCGCGGACGCCCGCUCUCCCGGCCGGGCCCCCGCGGGCCGCCGCGAAGCCGCCUCCGAUGUGGAGCCCGGCCUCUGACUCCCGGCGCGGGGU